AUGCAAACUUAUAAUCCUGAUGGUUAAUUUGAGUCAAUAAGAGAUAUUGAUAGAGACCUCAUUACAUAACAAAAUCUNGGUUUUUUGGAUGUUAUUCAUAUAGGAAGAUAAAAAGAGACUGUUGAGUUAAGUGAUGCAUUCAAGAAUUAUUUAGAAAACAAGAAAAUGUUAGACAAAGAGCACUUAGAACGUUCUUUAAGAAGAAAUGUUUUAAUUUUAAUAUAAUUUUAGCAAUAAUCAAAAGGUAGAAGUGACAGUAGUGAUUCUUCAAGGAGAUACAAGAGUAGAAGUACGAGUAAGAAGAAGAAAAACAAAAGAAUUGAUAAUAAAUAAGUAUGGCAAGGAAUUAAGAGAAGAUCUCCAUCUUCUUCGAGUGAGCCAAGGAAGAUGAAGAAAACAAAGAAAAAUAGACAUUCAUCAUAAAGUUCAUCGAGAGAAUCCAAUAAGGAAAGUGUGCAACCAAUAAAACCAUAAUAAGUUUCUACAGAUAAGCAUACUGUUUAUAUAUUUUCGAUUCCUUAAGAAGUUAAUGAGAAUGAAGUGAUUUAAGAGAUUGUAUAACAUCAUAAAUAGAAUGCUCCUAUCAAUCAUAUUUGGAGUUAUUAUUUAUAUUAAAUAUUAAGACACUUUAGAUAAGAUGCAAUUUUUGGAAUUAUAAUUUUAAGAUGAAAAUAGUGCGCAAUUUUUAGUAAACUUGAGGCCCUGUUUACAUGUAAAGGGCAUACCACUAUUAGUAAUGGCUAAAAAAUAACGACCUGUUUAAGAGUUGUUAAGAAAUUUUGAAGUUUAAGUUGAAUUUGAUAAAGAUGUGCUUGCUUUUAAUGUGUAUUAGGAAUUUAAAAAAUAUGGAGAUCUUAUUGGAAUAUAUGUAUUUUAGUAAAAUAGGAAGUAUUGAAGACUAUUUAAUUAUCAAGUUAUUUACUCUUGUAUUCAUCGUCCUCAUAAUUGCAGGAGGCUUUACGUCCUCCAGUCCAUUUAUAAUUAACUAUUAAUGAUUAAAUAGUUAAUGCUAAUGCCAAGAUUAUUGAUAAACCUAUUGAUAUCCAAAGACCACUUAUCAAAGAAACUUUAGCUUAUUAGCUCAAUAAUUAAAAUGAUGAAGAUGAUGACAGUAAUACAAUCAUUAUAUAUUUAUAAGACAAGAAAAGAAAAAAUAAAAGAAAAGUUGAAAAACCUUAGAAAAAAUGACAAGCCAUUUUAAUUUAAUAUUCAAAAAAUAUAUUAUUUAC